AGGACUGAGCAACAAGCGGUAGCUAGAGUUGAGUUAGUAGAAGCAGUAUCAGCAGCAGCAGCAGUAGAUUCUUUGGGCGUGCUGUGUGGUGUUGUGCCAAAUUACCAUUCUUCAAGAGAUCCGGUUUUUCCACUUCCCGUGCCGACCAUUUUUUUUCUUCAAUCGCUCAGGUUGGCUGACUUUUUACUAAAGGCGUUCAGUGUUCGUGUGAAAGUGGUGUUUGGCCAGUGAUUGCGAAACGUGACUGAGGAUUAAUUGUGCUAGUGGCGAUCUGGAUUGACGGGAAUGUCCAACGAGUUGGUCGUACAAGAAGGAAUUUGAUUGAAUUUUCCUCCCAUUUCCAGCAGUGGUGGUAGUGUUCGUGCGUGUGUUUGAAAUUGUAAUAGAGCGAGAGGACGAGGAAAUCGGCGGUGAACGGAAGCAAAGCGAAGAUCCUACAAAGUUUCGUCCCUGACGAAGACGGUAGUGCUGCGGCGGGCGCAAAGGGAAAAGUGAAAAAGAAAAUCUCACAAGGAAUAGUCUGAAAAUAAGUGUAGGAAUAUUGCAACCCCUUCGCCACCGGUGCAGGUGAUAGGAAGAUAGGAUCGGAGAAGUAGUGGGGUAAGACAAACAAAAGUGAGAAAAUAGAAACCCUCGGCAGUUGAGUCCUGAGUAUUGGAUGCACUUUUCCGAUUGAGGAGGAAAUCUCGGUUGGACAUAGUUGAAUCGCGCCGCAGAGAGCGAGCAACAAGGGGCCAAGGCAGCCGAACUAGUUUGUGUGGGUGUGCGUGUUUGGGCUUUGCUUUCAAGGAUAAAAGUGCCAAGACGGGAAGAGAAGCAAGUUUCUUGGGAAUCGUAAGGCACAGACGAGAAUAGCUGUUCACUCCUCAACGCUCGUCAGCCUCCCACCCGCAGCCGACAACAUGGGAAACUUUGGGAUUCUUUUGCCGCCAAAAUUAUUUCUCCGGAUUUCGAUGCUGCUCUUUUUGGCUGUUCAUAACGCAAACUCCCAGUACGUAGACGCCUCCCGUCGGCUGAAACCAUGUGAGCUGGAAUCGUUACUGCGAGACCUCACCUACCCGGAGGAAGGCUACGAGAUGCAUGCCGCUGCCUUACGUAACCAAUUGCGGCACAUCCUGGAGCGGGACCCCACCGACGGUGGCUACCAAUCAUUGGACGAGUAUGGAAGCUACGACAACUCCGGCCCGUACGAAGACAAACGCUCCUACCGUUCGCUCCUGCGGGAAGGUAAGCGCAAUCUUGGCUCCUUGGCACGUGCUGGAUUGCUGCGGGCACCGUCGUCGGACUAUCUCAAGCGUAGCAUUGCCACCCUGGCCAAGAAUGGUCAGCUUCCGGCCUCACGGGAACCGGACUCCUCGGAGGCCUCCACGGCCGGUGGGUGGACCGACGAGAAGCGCAACCUAGCGUCGGCACGGGCGUCCGGCUAUAUGCUAAACGGAAAGCGAAACAUUGCAUCACUGGCGAGAAAGUACGAACUGCCCGGCAAGCGGAACAUUCAAUCGCUGCUGCGAACCGGAAUGCUUCCGUCGAUUGCUCCCAAGCGAAACAUGCAAUCACUGGCACGCGAUAAUUCGAUCCCACACUAUGCAGGGCCACAGGAGAGCAAACGCAACAUCCAAACGUUGGUACGCGACUGGAAUCUGCCCCGGCAGCAGAGCAUGGCUUCCGAGAAUGAAAAACGCAACAUCCAAGCGCUGAAGAAUUCCCAGGGUCACGGAGGUGACAGCUCAAGUGGUGGCCGCAAGAAACGUGAACUCUACUACGACGAUGAAGCACUGGACGAUAGCACGCCGGAAAUUCUCGAGCCCGUGUACCAAUCCGCUCCACUGGACUACGAAGAGCUGAUGGAGGCAAUGAACGAGGCAUACCCCGCCCCAUACUACAACCCCGGCGAUAAUCAUUUGGAGGAAAAGCGAUACCUCGGUUCACUAGCGCGUGCUGGUAUUCUGAAUCGCUAUCACCGAUUUAACAAACGUGUUCCUCUGGGGAGCCUGGAUGACUCGUUUGAUGAUGAUAAUGAUGAUGAUGAUGGCGAUGACGCUGAUGACAAUGAAGGUGAACAUUCCCACGAGCACGAACCCAGUGCCAGUGACGGUGCCGGCGAUGAUAAUGAUGAAGAUUACGAACCGGAAAAUCCGGCCGUCCUCCGAUCACCCCACAAGCGACACAUUGCCUCGAUAGUACGUUCCGGUUGGAUGCCAUCGUUCCGGCCUUCGCGAACCGCAGGCCGUUUCAGUCGAUCCGGGAGGGCGAGGUCUCAAAUAGUCGAGUUUUACUCCCAACCCGAGCGACUACGACAACCUAUCGCCGGCGUUUGUAGACGAUGCGACGGCACUAGCGACAGCAGCGGAUUUCGAACAGCAGCAGCAGCAUCUUCUCCCUUCGGCAGUUGGGGAGCUCCCGGUCUACAGUCCACUUCCACGUGGGGUUCCACGCCGCCUCGAGUCACCGCGCUACACUGGAGGCACUUUCGCGAGCCGUCCGCGACCGUACGGCGGCGGACUGCCCGAGGAGUACCCCUACUACGAUGGCGGUUCCAGUGAGGCCGCGCUCAACCCAUUCUACUCGGAGGACGAGUUCCGCUGCGCUGCCCGACUGCGUAAGUUGCUCUACUACCUUAAGAAACAGUACUACCUGGACAAUAAGUACAUACAGGCCGUCUACGGACGAAACAAUGUAAGAUAUUAAAUGUGAGAAAAUAUUUAGGACAAGGAUUGGACAUUUUAAGGUUUACAUAGGCAAGAGAAAACAAGCUGACACAGGACAAUAAUCUUUGCAUUGGUGGCUCGGAAACGAAUGCUGGCGCUGCUUGCAAUGUAGAGUAUUUUUAAUUAGAUACCUAAAGUGGCGUUUCGAAUAUCAAACUUCAAGACCGAGAACAAGUGUGUUUAAAUCUCAUUAUACAUAUUAGAUGGACAAAGGAGAAAGACAAGAAAACGGAGCCCCCUCGUAAGUGUUUAUAAGCAUUUAUAUUGUAUUAAAGUGUAGAUUGUAGGUAAUGAUUAGUGGAAUUUUAAGAUGCAUUUAUCAAACAAAAAUAUGAUACCAAGUUCUAACGACGUGGCCAACGAUCCAAGCGUGGCUAUCGUUUACUCUCUAGAGCAGCUUCCUCCCAGCGAGGCUGACAUCGAACAAACAAAACAAAACUACUAAGAAUAUUACUCAAAUAUCUCUAUUCCCCAUAUCCUUUCCUUCAUAUCAAGUUGCAAACCAAGGAAAACUGAACUUUUUCUACAUUUUAAGCCAAAACCAACCAAGUAAUAUCUUCCUCCCCCGUUUUUGAAUAACCCUAUUAAAUGAACUUUUAUCCUCGUAUAUUUAUAGACUUUACAGAGUAUACAGAAUCCCUCAAGAUGGGAUGGAAAUCACAGAAAUCAAGACACAUACAGAGGCCCACACGCAUAAGACAUCAAGCAAACCGAUCCCACCUUGGAACCGAUGCGAGUGGAAAAGUGUAAUCCCUGUCCAGCUUAGAAGGAGCUGGGUAGCCUCCUCGGUUCCAAAGUCGCGAAAUGGUUUGUCUUGUAGCAAGAUUACACCACCUCACCGCAUUUCCUUUCUUUCCCGUCGUCCUUUUGGGAAGAAGACGGGAUGGAUCGGAAAUGGGAGAAUCACAACAACAGACCGAACCGUGGCCGGGUGGGUGACAGUCCCAGAAAGAAGGAUGGAAUGGCGCAAAACUUCAAAUUAAAUUGCCUCGUUAGUAGGUUUCUAUUUUCCAAACAUACGUUCCGUUUGAGCUGGGUGAUGCGAAGACGGGCUUCAUGAUCGAAUAAAAAUUGAGCUGUCAGUUCCAAGCACUCCCGGGAUGGGAAAUUUAGUAGAAGUAUUGCAGUCAAUCACACACAUUAUUCCCAUCCUUCUUGAAGCAUUAGAUUUUGGUGUGUAAUUUUAGUCCAAUCAUAAGCAGUUCUCUCAACUAUUUUAACAAGAAGCGAUUCAUUAUGUGACACGUUUUUGCUCUUUUAUCACUUUCCAGAAUUCAUAAUUGUAAACAAACAAUCAAAGAGUCACGUUGCUUCGCGUGGAUCUGAAAAGUUUGGUCAGUUUGACAGCUCUCGCUACCAACCGAUGGAGAUAAAACAACUCUCCAUAUCACCUUAAGUUUUAGCAUUCCGGGCAUGAUGGGGCAACUGAAGGAGGCGUCAUUCGUUGAAAAAAAAACAAGGGACUCAAUCGGUUCGGAUUCGAUACUGGUCAACUUAGGGCUCUAUCCACAAACCACGUGGACGGUUUUUGCGAGGUUUUUGCCCUUCUCAACUGUCCACGUGGUGUAUGGACAGCCCUUCAAGUUGAUGGGAUUUGGAAGCAUAUUUCUCUUCUCCGUUAUCUGACAAUCAAUCUGGUUGAAUCUAUUUGAGGCGGGGUGUUUUAUUUUUUGUCCGUCGGUCGUUAUCGAUCGACGGCGAUAGGCAUUAACGGAUCACUGUUGAUUUGGGUGCAAAACGUAAUUACGAUGUCUGUCUGUCUGCCCACGUCUUCAUUUCCCGCAUUUAUUUCUAGGAAGAGUUCGAAGGAAUUCGCAUCGUGCAGCAUUGAAUUCUGCGAAUGGGACAUACAAAUGUCUUCUUAAAAGAUUGUUUCCCAAGUAAUCUGUUGAUAUCAGAAGUUAAUUUCAUGGUUUAGUUGUGGAAAUUAAUGAGUUCAAAUGAGACGUACGCGUUUCAUUUCUAUUGGUCCAGAGUCACAUGAGUGGAAAUUCGGAUCAGAAAGUGGCUCCACUUGUCAUUUGCGAACACUAGCACACCUAGCGGUAGAAGGCAUCUUCUGCCUGCAGUUAAGAAAGGCAGCAUGCUGUGAUAGUGCUGAAAUUAGAGCGUAACAGCUUUUGUAAACAAUGACUCCUCUCGAUGAUUUCUCGAAAGUCAUGACUCUCUCUGGCAAAUCGACAUCACCAUCGAGUGGGGGAAGACUUCCCCUACCCGAUGGAUAUGUUGUUUUGUGUAGGUGUGCCUGGACUAUCUUGAAAUCAACGAGAGAAGUCAUUAUUUUACAAAAGCUGUUACACCCUAUUUCCAGCUCUAUAUAGACAUAGAAAGCCCGUGUGGAACGCUACCACAACACGUUGCUUGUUCAGUAGAAAAACGAACUACUUUUUGAUUCAUUGAUUUGUUUGCACUUCCCCUUCUGUUCUGUGCCAGAGUGCUUCCACACAUAUAAUUAAAUCGUUAUAUUUUUUUUUUGCGGAAUCAUAUAAUCAUUUUGUACUUGUAAACUACAAGAAGAGGUUGAAAAGUGUGUGUUCGACACACCAAAUUUCUCAGUUUCACUUCCAAAGAAUCACAAUUAGCCAUUUUAUAGUUCGUGAGUGUUCACUCAGAGUGAGCGCUCACGAAUAAUAAAAUCACUGAUUGUGAUUCUCUGAAAGCGAGAUAGCAGAUUGUACACUGAACCAAAUAAACUUAAGAAUUUCAUAAGCGUGACUUAUGAAUGAUUUUCGACUAACAUGAGGUAGCUCUUAUAUGCCUUUACCAUUUUAUUGUCCCAAGCGUUGAAAGACGAGUGGUCCAGAUACAGGACCCGUAAUAUCAACGUCCAUUGUUUGGUUCCAGUCUGCUUCGUUUUAUUAUUUUUUUGCUAACAUUAUUUUUCAUAAGGCAAAUCAAUAAAAUUCAUACAGAUUUCUUGUGGUUAAAAUCCCUAAGUGGUUCUUAUGGAACGCUUACGUUCUUUUGCCUCAGUGUAUGUGUCAAAUGCAUAUUUUGAAACUAGUUCUUGUAGCUUACAAACUAUCUAAUGAUUCAAAUUAAGAAAAAUAUUGUGUAUAGCGAAGUGAGUGAAAGCCACCCUGGUGCAGAGCAUCUCCGAACUUGCACGUCCAUAUCAGACGUUUCCUAAGCACCACUAACUAUCUCUUUAAACUCGCUCAGAGCUGUAUGAAUAUCUCCAAAGUUUCCGAAACCACUCUGAAGAUUACAGAAGCUCUUUUAGGUUCUCUCAGACUCUCCAUAAUUCUCAGAACCUUUUCGAAGCACACUUAAGACUGUUGAUUCUAAACGCUGAAUCUCUUUGUACUUUUUCGAUUCUCUCCAAAGCACUCAGAGCUUGUUUCCAGCAGCUGGAUGAUCCCCUAGGAAUUUUUUAAUCAGAAAUCCGUAGUAAAUUGAGAUUUGGGCGUAAUUGCUUUUGUAAACAAACACGUCAAUCACCGAUUUCUCAUGAACUAAAGCUCAAUCUCGUAAACAAACUCUACCAACUGAUAAAGGA